AUGGAAUUUGCAAAAGGCCUUGUAUCGAAAUCUGUGGAAUUGGGAUACCAGGGAUUCUCAGCUAUUGAUGAAAACACACAUAUAGCUGAUGAUAUGUACAUCAUACCAUAUGUUAUCAAACAAGCUGUUGUACAUGCAUCCAACGUUGCCAGAGGAAGAGUAUCAUAUUGGUACAUAUUUGAGAAAGCGGUCUUUAACUAUCCAAACAAGUUAGCUUUGGUUUAUCCAAGAGUUAAUCCAGGUCAUACAGGUGAUGAUGCUUAUAUACUUGAGAAGUAUACAUUUCAAGAAUUAUAUGAUAUCAUCCUUAGAUUAUCAGAAAUUUUGGCACAUAGAUAUGGUGUUAAAGAAAAUGAUACUAUUGGUAUUGAUGCUACAAAUAAACCAAUUUUCAUCUUCUUAUGGUAUGCUCUUUGGAAUUUAGGUGCCACACCAGCUUUUAUAAAUUUUAAUACAAUAGGUAAUCCAUUGGUUCAUUCUAUAAAAGUUGCAAAUAUAUCACAAGUUUUCAUUGAACCAGAUGCAGCAGGACCUAUAAAAGAAACACAAGAUGAUAUUACAAAAGAAUUACCAAAUGUUCAAUUACAUUUCCUUAAUGAAGAUGAAUUAUUACAAGAAAUUUUAGAUCCAAAUAGUUUAAAAUUUAGACCAACUACAAGAAGAUCUCAAGAUCAUGAUUGGGGUACAGCUGCUUUAAUCUAUACCUCAGGUACAACUGGAUUACCAAAACCUGCAAUCAUGUCAUGGCGUAAAGCUGGGUUAGGUUCUUCACUUUAUGGUCAUAUUGUUAGAAUAAAACCAGAAUCAAUAGUUUUCACCUCAAUGCCUUUAUAUCAUUCAACAGCCGCUGUACUUGGGGUAUGUACUACAUUUAAUCAAGCUGCUGCAGUGGCAUUAUCACCAAAAUUUUCAGCAAGUAAACUUUGGACCCAAGUUAAAUUAACAAAAGCUACUCAUUUACAAUAUGUUGGUGAAGUUUGUAGAUAUUUAUUAAAUUCACCUAUACAUCCAGAUGAAAAAAAUCAUAAUUUACAAGUUGCAUAUGGGAAUGGAUUAAGAAGGGAUAUUUGGAAAGAAUUUAAAGAUAGAUUUGGUAUUGAUGCUAUUGGAGAAUUUUAUGCUGCUACAGAAUCACCAAUUGCAUUAACUUCUUUCCAAAAGGGUGAUUAUGGUAUUGGUGCUUGUAGAAAUUAUGGGAAAUUGAUUAAUUAUAUCUUGUCAUAUCAACAAACUUUAAUCAAGAUGGAUCCUGAAGAUUCAAGUAUUGAAUAUAGAAAUUCAAAAGGAUUUUGUGAAAGAACUAAAGCUGGAGAAUCUGGUGAAUUAAUAAUGAAAUUAUUUUGGGCAAAGAAUCCAGAAACUGUUUUUCAAGGUUAUUUAGGUAAUAAAAAGGAAACUGAAUCUAAAAUUAUUAGAAAUGUUUUCAAGAAAGGUGAUGCAUGGUUUAGAUCUGGUGAUUUAUUGAAAAGUGAUUCAAAUGGACUUUAUUUCUUUGUUGAUAGAUUAGGUGAUACUUUCAGAUGGAAAUCAGAAAAUGUAAGUGCAACUGAAGUGGAGAAUCAGUUUUUCGAUAAAAUUAAUGAGAUUAGUCAAGUUGUUGUUGUUGGUGUACGUAUUCCAAAUCAUGAAGGUCGUGCAGGUUCAGCAGUAAUUGAAUUAAAACCAAAUACUAUCAAAAGCAAAGAUGAAAUAUUGAAAGAAAUUUAUAAUUCAUUAAAACAAGAAUUACCAAAAUAUGCAAUUCCAAUUUUCAUUGAGUUUGUUGAUAAAAUUAGAGAAUCUGAUAAUCAUAAAAUUCCUAAAAAGCAAUAUAGAGAUCAAAAAUUACCAAAAGGUGAAAAUGGAGAUAAAGUUAUUUAUUGGUUAAAUAAAGGUAAAUAUGAAGAAUUAACACAAAAUGAUUGGGAUGAUAUUACAAAUGGGAAGAUUAAACUUUAG